AUGAUAAUAAUGAAUAUACUGACGGCAGUAACUGCAGCGGUAGUUACGGACACUAUUGCAGCAAGUCUUGUCGAUGGCACAGGCACAGCACUUACUACAACCGAUCUAGGCGAUACAGUCAGACUCCGAGUAACAUACACUGUACCUACUGGGUUUGCUGCAGGAGAAUUUCCCGUAGCAAUUCAAAUUUACGAUGUCGUACUGUCCGGAUAUUCUGAUUUUCGAACCACAUAUAAUCUGUACACCUCAAACGGAUGUAUAAACACUACAGCCCAAGCUGCUCUAGACACGGACGCUGGUAUUACAUACAAUGCUGGGGACUCAACAGCCGGUACCACCCAUAUCUUCGACACAGGGUUGUUUAAAGCAGCAAUGUUUGAUGGUCCCGCACCAAAGACUAUGUAUGUCAGGUUUAGUUAUGCUGCAACCUGUCUGAAUGUAGAUGAUGUCAAAUGUGCUGACCAUGAGCAAUAUUGCACUAAUAAUGCCUUGACAAGAAAGAAACGAUCAGCUGGCACGAUGUUGACAAUGGAUCAACAGUUUAAUCACAACCUCAGGAUGAAACGUAACACUCCGACAACAGGAAAAAAUGGCACAUUGUCAUUCGGUGUACCAAUCAAAGUUCAUACAGAAGGAGCAACAAAUUCACUUGGAGGAAGUGAGAACAGAGGAGGUUCAGAUGUUAUCACAGACAAGGAGUGUAAAGUUCCCGACAUGUACUGGAUAAUUGCAGUUGUGCUUGGAGUCCUUCUUCUCUGUAUGAUGGCAAUGUGUGUUUUCCUCGUCUUACGCCUGCGUAGAGAACAAAAUCAAAAUCACCAUGGUGCAGAAAAACUCGGCCAUCAAAAUUCUGGCUAUCGUUAUUGAAAAUGUACAUGGAAAUAAAAGAAUGAGCGCUUAUAUUAAACAAAUGGGAUGUACUUCAUGUUAAAUAUAAAUUCUGUCUUUUUCAUAAUCAGAAUUUUUGAGUUUUAGAAAGCUAAAUUUCAGGAAUAAACAUUCUUUAUUAAUUUCAGUGUACAUUUUAUAAUUUGGACUUUACAUGAUAUAUUAAUUUACAUGACAGUUGUUAUUAUAUAUUAAUCUAAAUUUAUACGCUAUUGUUAAGAAAUCUUUCAGUAUUUCCUAUAACAUAUCGAAAUAUGCAGGGACAUCCAUUAUUUGAAUAUCCACUGGGUACAAUUACAAUGUUAAAAGUUUUUUUUUUCAAACCUACUUUGUAAAAUGGGAUACAAUGUUUCACUUAAAUUGUAAAUAUUUAUACAUCUAUUAAAAUCUUUUUUCCUUAUGAUUACACUUUUUUAAAUAUUUUUUUUCUCAUUUGCAGACAAGAUAUUAUGUUAAAUUGAUACAAGAUUAUACAUUGACAAGAUUUUAGACAUUUUGAGUGAGUAAACUAUCUCAUCAUUUAAAAUUCAUGCAUUGAAAGCAUUAAAAUUGUCUUAAAUGAGCUUUACUGUGGUCCAACAGCCUAAAAUCAUAAAAUUUGAAAAUCUUACAUGGACCAAUUAGGGCACUAAAAACGGAACAAUACAAAACUAAAGAUGAUCAAUAUACUAAAAAUUAAAUUCUACAUCAAUAUUUAAAUAAAUUUGUAGCCCAAUAAGAGUUAAGAGCUUUUCAUUUUAGAUCAUUUGUGACAAUUAAAAUGAUAGUCUACAAUAACAGAGUAAUAUAGAACGAUCUGACAUUUUAAGAGUUAUCUCUAUGUUUAUAUACCUGUAUAAUAUAGUAAUUCAAAAUGUAUUGCAACAGAAAACAGUUAAGAAUUUAUAAUCAAGACUAAAAAUUUAUUCAAAUUUGUUUUUUUCUAGGAGAAUGCUUGUAGACUUACCAUUAAAAUCAUCAAAUGUAUUUAAGUUUAAUGGUGUAAACUUAAAUUAAAAAGUUAUGUAUAUAUACCAAUUGCUGUUGUACUAGAUGUUUAUAGAAGUGUUUUAUAAUUAUUUUGAUUUAAAGGCAAAUUUAUGUCUCAGACAUGCAUAUCUUAUUAUGUUUUAGAAAUGUCAAACAUGUGUUUAUUUUAAUAUUUAAAUAAUGCAUUAAGUGCAUGUUGGAUGUUAUAUAAAAAAGUAGUGCUAAAUUUGCAGAAAUGUGUCCUAAAGGUAGCAAAAUGUAAACAAAGUAGUAUUUUGACUUCCAUCCAAAAUAUUUAUUCACUAAAAUUUUACCAAUUGCCAACAAAGCUUAAGAUAAAAAAGAAAAUUCAGAUAUAUGGCAUAUUAAAAUAUUAUUGACGACAGUAACAACAGGAUAAAAAAUCAAUAGUUGUUCAGAAAUAAAAAUGUUAGCAUUUCUGAGCCAUAAUGGGCAUUUUAUACAUUAUAAACUGUAAUUUUAAGCAACAUUGAUGAAGUUGUAACAAGUAAAACAUAUAUUAUUAUCAAAUAAUUAAAACAUCCAUUAUAAAAUGUGACUAUUCAAAGUUUAUAGCUUUUAAGAUUUCAAAAUAACUUUUUUUACUUCAACUAUAAUUAAAAAGAACUGUUUAAAAUGGACAGAAUUUUGUAAAACUAAAACUACAUGUUUGUGAUAGAUUUAAAUGAUUAUGCCUUACUGUUGAAUAUAUUGUUGUAUAAUACUAGACUAAAGUCUCAUAUAGUUUAUAUUAUGUACUAAAAGAGGCUGUAUAAAAUGAAGCAGUUUGAAUUAUUCUUCAUAGAAGGUUGUUUGUCAAAACAUGAUUGCCAACAAGAGAUUAUAUCUGAACUUAAUGACCCAGUCCUAGUUUUGAAUUAUUACAUAUAUAUGUAUAGUGUAAGUUAUAAAUUCUAGACCUACUUCUAAAUAUUCUAAAAAUUUACUGGGCCUCGAAUUGUCUCUUCUUGUUUUGUAUGUCAAUUUCAUACUCAUGACUUUCUAAACUUUAAAUUCUGAACUUGAGGCACAUUUUUUGUUCUCAAAAAUUUAUUUACAUCAAUUCAAAUCUACUACACAAACCAAUGAUGCUGUGAAACAUAAUUUUACUAGAAGAAGGUGCUCAAAUUAUAAUAUUUUAUGAAAUUUGCAUCAGCUACAUACAGCUUUUCAUCACAUUUCACUGAUGAUUACACAAUUAUGGAAAAAAAUCUUGCACCCCCCCCCCCCCAAAAAAAAAAAUGCACCCAGUAAUGCAUUUAGUUAAAACAAAGAAGAAAUAUACAUAAGCGAAGCGGAUAAGGAAAAAUAGUGCUUCAACUCUCUAUAAUGUAUCAUAGUUUAGGAGACUUUACUAUUGAAAACAUGUCCGAGUUAAAUUGUAUACCAAUACAUGCACAUAGCAUUCAUUAACGGAGGGUUUAACGUUUUGACGGCAGGGAUCAUGUUUUUAUUCUUGCAUACGCUACAAAAAAGAAAGAUCAGCAGAACACUCGGCAAUCUGAUAAGUACUCCAGGGCUAAACCCCCUCAUACAAAUCAGAUAGCCUGUGUUUUUCUCUCUCUCUUUCUAUUGCUUACUCAUCACAGCUAAUGCUACGGGUAUCCGAUUUAGUAAUUUACACUGUAUUAAUGACAGAUGAAACGAACAACCUUCAUUGAAGACAAACUUUUGUAUUUAUAUAUGUGUUGUUAUUUUGUAUUAUACAAAUGAACAUUGUGAUAUUGUGCUACAUGUAUUUAGUUAAUAGGGGUACAUAUUUUAUUUAGAGGGUUGAACUUUUUGUCUGCUGAUAUAAUAUACAUUAUUUGUAAUCUACAUUAAGGGGUUAAACAACCCUACAAAAGCGGGAUAAAAUAAUAAUUAUAUUUGUCAGGUCAUUUAUCAAUGUUCAUUUGUUUUAUAACAUUUGUAUGAUAGGAAGUGUAGGUGUAUGGAAGGUCAGAGUUUAAAAAAAACAAGUUUAGAAAAUAUUUAGUAAACAAAAUGAUGCUGCGGGAAUGGGUCUCUAUUUGUAUCAUGUUCCAGUAUGAAACAAACUUUUUGUUAAGAUUUGCAUUUGAGAUUCUUAAAAAUAAUUUCUAUGUUUGAAACUUUUGUAUAUAAAAAAGCAGGAUUCUUUUGAAAAUCUGUCAUAAUUAGUUAUUAGUAUGACAUGACAUAUGGAUAGGGAUGAAUGAAAUAUACAUUUUUAAUUUUUUUCUUCUUAUCAUUUUCUGAACAUGUACAUAAAAAGAUGAUUUCAGUUUAGUAUAUUGAUUGUUUAAAGAUGUAUAACGUCAGUAUUUGUGCACAAAUUUUGGAUAUGGAAAUUAAUAAUAGUAUGUGAAAGUACAGAUAAGACAUUCACAUUUGAAAUAUACCAUGUGAUAUGAUUUUAUAUAAACUAAAACAGGGAUUGUAUAUCAAAUUUAUAAUACUCAUUCUACAACAAGUCUUUUCAACUUUUUAAAAACGUUUUUCACUAAAUUAUAAUUGUAACAAGGAAUUCGGACACACUAUGUGAACACUACAUCAAAGUGCUAAUGACUUUGUAAUGAAGUUAAGCAUCAAUUUUUAUAAAGAUUUGUGAUGGUAGGAAGGUUAUAGGAGUGUUCAUGUUCUUAUUUUAAAUGCACACAAAUUUGGAAAUAAACACCAAUAUACUCCAACACCU